AUGGACCGAGUGACCAGAUACCCCAUCUUCAGCAUUGCUCGCUCAACUCGCCUGGCUGGCUUGGACCCCAGUGGGGACACCAGCUGCACGUUUGAGGUGGUGGAUGCGGGGCCAGAGGCCAGCGGCUGGGGCCAGGACAAGCCACAGGCGUGGCCCGCCCACCAAGAGGCCCGGCUGAAUGAGGCCAGGACGGGGGCGUCCUCUAGCUCACGUGCCUUCGCUGGCCGGCCAUCCCCGUGGACGCUCUGGCGGGAGGGCGACAAGGAUGAGGAGGCGAAGGCCUGCCACCUGGACGCCAGGGACGCCCAGCCUUGGCGGCCAGGGGACCUGGAGCAGGAACGCUGGGUGGUCAUCCAGGGCCAGGCCCUCAGGAAGAGCAGCACGGUGGCCACGCUCCAUGGCACCCCUGGCCUCCCGGAGCCCAGAAGCCCCCAGCCGCAGCCUGGGCCCCUGGAGGAGAGCGCCGUGGACAGGGGGCAGAUUGACUUCCGGGCGGCGAGGCAGCAGUUUCUGAACCUAGAGCAGGCCAGCGCCGGGGGCCCUCUGCACCCUGCAGCUCGCGUGGCCCCUGCUCGUGCUCCACCUGGCGGCGGCCAGGCCCCCAGGGCCUCAAGUGGGCCACUCCAGGGCAGCUUGUGCGCUGUCCCGCCGCACCCCCGGGAGAGGGAGGUGCUCCCUCCAGAGAAGAGGGUCGGGGGCCUUCCGGCUGCAUCUGGCGUCCAGGCUGCGCAUGACGCAGCCUCCGUGGCCCAGGCGGGGUCCCCGCAGCUCGCCAAGGAGACCCCCAUCGAGCGGGAGAUCCGGCUAGCCCAGGAGCGGGAAGCGGACCUGAGAGAGCAGAGGGGGCUGCGACAGGCGAGCAGCCAGCAGGAGCUGGUGGAGAUCCCCACGCGGCCGCUGCUGCUGACCACGGUGAACCUGACCGCGGCCCCACGGCGGGAGCGAGGGCGCCCGUCCCUCUACGUGCAGUGGGACUUGGCGCAGGGGACGCGGCGGGAGGAGGACCACCGGCGGCGGGAGGGGCCGGCGGCCACCCAGUCUGGGCUCCGGAGAGCCUUCAGCUCGGAUUCCAUCCUGGACCUGGCCUCGGCCGGCCGCGCGGCUGACCCCGGCCCCCAGGUGAGGAAGGUGAACCGCAUCCCGGCGGACGCCUACCAGCCGUUCCUGCGCGCCGGCAGCCGGGGCGUCCCCGCCGUCCAGGCGCGCGCCCAGCCCCGCGAUCUCUCUGCGGACGAGGCCGAGGCUGCGGGCUCCGUCGGGGCCGCGGGGUCUCCGAGGCGGCCCUUGGAGGCCCCUGGAACCCCCCCCGGCACGCAGCGCGAGUGCCCACGGCCCCCCCAGGGGCGCGGGCGAGCGUACGGGGGUGUCGUCCGCUGGGAGUAUUUCCACCUGAGCCCGCUGCGGUUCCGGGUCCCUGAUGUGCCCCCGCGGGCCGAGGGCCGAGGCUGGGAGACGGGGGGCACCCCAGCGCCGGGGCGGCCAAGGCCCCGGUCGUCGGAGCUGCUGCAGCGGGAGGUGGAGAGCGUCCUGCAGCGCGAGCGGGAGGCGGCGGAGGAGCGGCGCCCUGCCCUGUGCCCAGAGGUGUUCUCCCCGCCCCCCGUCCACGGCGACGACCAGGACUCCGGGAGCUCCUCCGCGGCCUCGGGCAUCUCGGGCAGCUACGCAGUGUCGGGGACCCACUUCUUCAGCCCCGUGCACCUGCACUCGGGCCUGGUGUGGACAGCGGAGGACCCCACCGACAGGGGUCCAGAGCAGAGGAGAAGGAAGGAGCAGCGGUAUGCCGGCAUCAGCGCCUCAGACCUCAUCGACUUGGAGGUCCUAGAAACCACGCGGGUGACCCACCACAAGAGUGCCAUGGCGAGGCGCUGGGAAGCGGGCAUCUAUGCCAGCGAGAGCCAGGACUGA